GCAGUGCAGCCCGAGGAGCUCAGCUCACCCAGCCAAUGUGAACACACGCCAAGCCAAGGUGCAGCAGGUGAAGGAGAGGUGGCGAGGUCAGCUGAUGGAGACAGCAGUGUCGCUCUGAGGUACCCCGGCCUCCAUCUCCAUGCCUACAGCAUCGAGAGCAUGACAACAUUUCCCAAUGGCUGUGGAAAUGGCACCACUGUUACUUGUAUAGUUAUGGAUAAUAAAGAGCCCCAAAACCAAACUACCUGUGUCAGCCACAGUGAGGGCUACACCACCAGCAACAGCCAUGAGGAGGACAUUCAAGAGGAUAAACUCAGCCCUUCCAAAAUCAUGCGCUUUCUCACCACCCCUCGGAAACGGACUAAUUCCAGCUCUGACAGGCCUCGUUCUCUGGUUUUGAUGGGCAACUCGUCCACGUGGAAUGCUUUGUCUUCCAUCAGAAAAAUGGGAUCUUUCAAGAAGUUGAAAUCUUCAGUUCUUCAAGGAAUUCAAACAAGGGAAUGCUCAGACAUCUUAAAUGAGAAUGACGUAGGCAAACAUGGUUCAAACGGGGCAGUGGUAACAGUUCAGACUAACAGGUAUUCCUAUUUGGGACCUUUGCAUGAUUUCCAAAAUGCAGUAGAUGGUUCAGCUUCCGACUGCUCCGAUGUGGAGGAGAGCGAUGAGUCUUUCCUGAGGAAUACUCAUCGCUCACGCAGCAUCAGGCGGGCUUAUGGUGCUGGCCGCAUAAACUUGCUAGAUACUGAUAAAGUUCAGAGUCAUCACAAUGGUACUAGGCCAACAUCACCUGUCAUUGCAGAGCCAAAGAUCUGUGAAAUUUUGGUGAAAGACUCUGAAAACAACAGGAUCAUUUAUCGGCGAAGCAAAAGUUCGGAUAAUUUGAACUUUCUGAAGAAAAGCUCGUUCAAACGGAAGUCCACCUCAAACCUCACCGACCUCAAGGUUACAAAUGAAAAACAGAUGCCAACAAGGACUGUGAGUGUUACUUCUGCUGACUCGGACAAAACCAAUGGGAACCCCGACAGGCGAUCCAAGCGAUGGAAGAGCCCUAUCAGGGCAAAGGAUUUUGACCGAGUUUUGAAACUUGUCAGUAAUGUUACAGAUGUUGCCUGGAAGAAGGAUGGUCCUAAGAGCACAGCUCCUUCUCCCAGCGAGCAGUCCCAGAGAACAAGGUCAAACAGCAGACUGCAUGAUGACUACUCCCGCAGGGUUUCCAGCAGCACGGAUUAUGACAGAAAGAGAUGCACCUCCCCGGUGUCGAGUCCAGACUCUUCCUUGCCAGGAACCCCGUGUCUGCAAAGCCCCGCAGUUGCUCAGGAUAAAGAACCUGAAAUGAAUGUAGCUGUUGCUGAAGACAAAAGCCUCAGGACGUCAUCAGGUAUCCCAGACUCUGAUAGCUCAUCACCCACGCUGAAUGACUUUAGUCCAUUUCCCAAUGAAGUGUUUUAUUCGGACUCAGAGGAACUAAAAGCUACCCAGCAGUUUACAUAUGAAGAUGAAAACCCUCAUGUUCCGGUCAGGCCGACUACUCCGAAGCCUCAAAGCCCCACUGCAGAGAAGGUCAAGUGCAAUAUGAAUUUCCAGUGCCCAGACCAUCACAGCACAUUGUCACUGAGCUCGUCAGAGAGCGAGGACAGAGUUCAGGUAGCAGGGCUGAAGCUGGGCAGGAAUCCUGUUUGCUUCCAGGACUCGGUGCAGACUGUGUACUAUGAUGAUGGAAAUGAGGACAGUGGCAUAAGCAGCCACUCACAGCUGAGCCUCAAUUUAGCCUCUGGUGCUGAAGAGAAAAAGGAAGAG